CGGAUGCCGUCGUCCCUUAGUCUCGCGCUUAUCGUCGUCGCGACGACCCGUCCGAGCUCGACGCCGACGCCGAUCGUCGUGAUCUGUGACGUUCCGAUGACGUUGUGCGGUGCGUAGCGAUCUGCACGUCGUGUCGAUCGGCAAAAUGCGCGAUAACAGAUGACAGAUCGUUGGGAGGUGUCUGCGCUGAUUCGUCAUCGUCAACUUUUGACGAUACUACCGAUCAGUAGGGAAAUAUCUUUUUUACCUUUGCAAUUGCAUUUGAGCGUUUUUGAUGAUUAAAAGUUAGGAAAAAUAGAUCAUUCACGCAGGAAAAGAUCAUAAAUCAUAUGAGGAUGCUGCAUAUUUCAAAUAGAUUAUUGCAGUAAGUUCGAAUAAGAUUGAAACUAACGAAUACUGAUAAUUGGAAGUUGUUCAUAUUUUCCAUGCCGUGAAAUUUUCUCGUUCCUUCGUCAAAAGUCGCAUGAAUCGUUGAAAGACUAUCACUGGAGCAUUUGAGAAUGCCCGACUUUUCGCUCGAGUGUCAUCUCACCGGAAGCGAAUAGGAGGAGAAUCUGUGAGAUCGUUGGGGCAUCAGAAGUUUCUCAGGGAUUCUGGGUUGCAAACCAAGCGGAAUCGGGGGGAAAAAUUAUCGCGAUACUUGUCUAGAGAUUGGAUUCAACGGCGCGAGAGGUGAAGCCGAAGGAAGACGAAGGAGCAAGAAAGAAGCGACCGAGCGGUAGCAGCGCCGGGAAGGGGAUAGAAAAGCGAGCAAUAGCGAGAGAGAAACAGGGGGUUGGCGGGAGAUGAAGGUGCUGCCGCGGAGGAUUUCAAGCCGUGCCCCCGGCGAGAUAGGAGCUUGUAUAGAUCUAUAUGCACAGUAAAAUUGUGGCGACGUAAGAGUUCUCGCUACGAAUAUCUGGGUCAUACAGCCGUCCUCUCGGCGUUGUAGCUUGCUCUCCAUAAUUCUACGAAAUUUUCUCGAUGCUGCAACAAAGUAGAACAUCUAUUAACGAUCUGGACUUUUCGUAAGACGCUUGAGAAACAAAACUAGGACGAUAAAAACGAUAUAAUUGAUACGCUAUAUAUUGGAUAAAAGGACACGUGAAAUAUAAGAUAAGAGCGUGUUUGCGUAAUCGAAAUUAUAAACGAAUUGAUCCGAGUAGACGAACAAUGUGCAUAUGUGAAUAUGCGAACUAUCGAAUCGCGAUUUACUCCGAAACGAAACCGCAGCUUACAGAAGCAUCGCGUUAAUGUCACUUAAAUCACGCGCUAAGUGAGCUAUAAGUAUAUCGCAUUUCACCCCGCCGGAAGAAUCCGUAACGAACCGUACGAAUCAGUGAUUUGCGACUGAAUCGGCACGAUACCAGUCGCGUGCGUGGUAACGAGCUGUUACACGGUUACGUAAAAAGAAUCCACCUGGGUUCCCCAUGGGGACAAUUUCCGAGGAAAGUCCACGCACAAGGGCUAUUAUUCGAGUCGUGUAGCGAGAGGUUCGCGCGCGAAACCCACCGCUACCCUUCAUCUAGGACACGGUCUCGGGUCGGUCGACCCGAUAAAUAAUGAACCCCCGCAGUCAUUUAUCAAGCUCACCGCGAGACGAACGAAUGCUCGGGGUAUAGUUUGAGGACGAUCUAAAUGGGAGAAUCCAACGCGAGGCACCGGCUAGCACCGCAAGAUAUCGCGUCGUAUUUCGACGAGGGUUACGCAGGAAUCAUGUCCCCUUGGCUCGAUCGGGAGCUUACUCGAAAGCCAAUGUGUUAUCCUUAGACUUUUACGACUUAUCUACUCACAAGAUUAUCGAUAAAAUAAGUACGGUGAAAUGUGUGCCGGUAUUCGCGAUCGAAGUGGCACUUAGUAGCGACCCUUAAACGUCGAGGAGACAUAGCACGUCUUCUCGACCGUGUAAACUCUCCCCUGUGCGCUCGUCUUAGAAAUGCGAGAGUCAACUGAUUCCGAUCGGUGUAGUAACAGGGGACAGUGCGAUCAAAUUCCGCGCAGGAGAUAACGGCGUCGGAAAACGCACAGUUCGCAAUUUGAUGACAGUGAUCGCGCUCCGGGCUUCGCGAUUCAAACGAACGUGAGAGCUUGUCUCGUGCGUGGUAUCAAGCAGCGCUGAAUAACAUGAAGCGACGGAAUAACGGUUCCUCCUGCUUCUAUCAAACGUCGACCAAGAGAAGCGGGCGCGGUGGAUGCAACGGGACUGAGACGAACGAGCCACCCGGAUGGUGCAUCUACGCGGCUGUUGCCCUCGUCGCGGUUGGUUGCUACCUGAAUGCACUCGACUGCGACUUCGUACACGAUGAUAUACCGGCGGUGGUGAGGAACAGGGACGUGAUCGGCGAGGCAUCGUGGAGUAGCGUGCUCAACGAUGACUUCUGGGGCACGCCGAUGGAAAGCAUCAAUAGUCAUAAGAGUUAUCGACCAUUCACCACUCUGACGUUUCGGUUGAAUUACUUGAUGGCAGGCUUGAGUCCCAUGUGGUAUCACGCCACAAACGUCGCCUUACAUGCCGGUGCGUGCAUCUUGGUCACCAGAGUGAGUCUCGUGGUAGCGGCACUUCGGCCAGGAUUUGCGGCUCUCGCUGGAUUGCUAUUUGCCACGCAUCCUGUGCACACGGAAGCGGUGACUGGCAUCGUAGGCAGAGCGGACGUUCUAGCGUGCAUUUUCUUUUUGCUGUCCUUCCUUGCCUAUCACGGUCAACAGACAGCUUACGUAUGGUCCAGUGUUUGUCUGGGUGCCCUGUCGAUGUUGGCGAAGGAAACUGGCGUUACUGUUCUGGCACUAAACCUUCUUUACGAUCUCUGUCGUUCCUGGCAUUCAAUCAAGAGGUCUAUUUUCGAAGCCAAAUGGAACGACGAUUCCAGAUAUUUCUCAAGGCGUGCUGCAGCAUUACUCGUUUCGUUUGGCAUACUUCUUGUGGUGCGGCUUGCUCUGCUUCAUGGUACUUUGCCGAACUUCUCCGCACAGGAUAAUCCAGCUGCUUUUCAUCCCUGUUUCCACGUCAGAUUGUUGACUUUUUGCUACUUGGCAUCGUUGAAUUGUUGGUUGCUCCUGUGUCCGGCUAUACUCUCGCAUGAUUGGCAAAUGGGAUCUGUUCCUCUGGUUACAUCUUUUACGGAUACCAGAAAUCUGGCCACCUGUAUAUUUUUCGGCGGUUGUCUGGUUCUCACGUACAAAGCCUUUACGGAUUUCGAGCAACAGAGGCAUCCGCCUCUUGUUCUUGGUUGGAUGUUCCUGGUAUUGCCGUUCCUACCUGCGUCCAAUCUUUUCGUCACCGUGGGUUUCGUCGUCGCGGAACGAGUUUUAUAUACGCCGAGCGUUGGAUGGAUUAUUUUGAUCGUCUACGGUAUGCAAGUGAGCUGGACUGCUGUGCCGCGACGAAGAAGCUGGAUCACUACAGGCGUAGUUUUCCUGCUUGUUCUAGGUUGUUUCAGAACGGUUCUUCGGAAUAACGAUUGGACGUCUAGAGAAACUUUAAUCAAAGCGGGGUUGCGGUCUCUGCCCUACAAUGCCAAGAUGCAUUACAACUUUGCUAAUUUCCUCAAAGACACAUCACAACCGAAUCUUGCGGUCCACCAUUACCAGUUGGCCCUCUGGCUUUGGCCAGGUUAUGCCAGUGCGCAUAAUAAUCUUGGAACUCUCACGAUAGAUGCUCAAGCGGAACAUCAUUUUCUAGCAGCUAUUCAUGCUCAACCUGGCCACGUAAAUGCUCAUUAUAAUCUGGGACGAUUGUACAGAAGAACUAAUCGAACUGAAGAAUGCAUCGAGAUGCUGAAGCGAUGCGUGUCACUGGAUCCGGCGUAUGCGCCAGCAUUUAGAGUUCUGGCUAGGAUCGCCACCGGUCCUGCAACAGGCGAACUCCUGAGGCAUGUAAUUCAUCUUCAGCCACGAAACCCGGACGCUCUCACUGAGUAUGCUUACUGGUUGUACAAGAACGGUAAAUGGCUGCCCUCGCUCCAGUACUAUUUCAAAGCCAUGAAGAUUUUCCCGUCGCAUAAACCUUCGCUUAUCGGUACACUCAGAAUUCUGAGGUCCCGAGGUCAGUGGUCCAGGGUACAUCAACUCAUCAUCAGAUGGCAUUUAAUGUUGCGAGCAAAACGAGGAGGCUUCAUCUAUCGCGGGGAUUUAUAUAUUCGUGCGUGGGAGCUACAAAGCGAAUCUCGUCAAAGGGCUCAUCAACACCAACGGAAUCUCUGUAUAUCGGAGAAUGGAUGUUCGAGGCCGCGCGUAGCCAGUGUAUCGGUGCAGCUCGAACAAGAUAGCAACAAGUCGGAGCAGCUGCAGCGGGCUCCGCGUUGCAACGUGCGGACUUGCAAGCAGCCAAGAAAAGGGAAGACGCGGGUGACUACGCCAACCCUACUCGUACAGAAUUUCCUGGAGACACUUUAGUCCACGCCAGUCGGGAAAACGGCCCUCUCUCCUGUUCGUUCACCAGAUGAAAACGGGCCGUGGAAGAUGAAGAGAAGAGUGCAGUUCUAACCGUAGAAGCCUCGUUCGACGAUUGUCAGCGACGAAGAGAGUCCUAUUAUAGGAGAAUGCCUGAAUAUUUUUCGUAUGCCGUGUUUGUGUGUUAUUUGGGACCGCAAGCUCGACCUGUCGCGGAUCAUUCAUGAUAUCGAAAUGGAAAAAGGUAUGCAUGUAUCGUUAUCGUUUAUAUAUAUCCCAGCGUUCUUUGUGGCAUCCUGGUUAUACUGUCGAUCGGACAGAGAAGGUCACAAUCUUUUAAAAUAUAACGUUGCUGACAAGAAAAAAGAGAGGAAAAAAUAAAUGCCUACUCUGUAGAUAACUUUGUGGCUUUGGACGUAAACGUUCUAAAAUUGAACAAACUAAAUCGUUCAGGCCAGGACAAAUGACAAUGUGUGCAAUGAUGAAAACUGAAUGCUAGCAUUAAACUCCUUAAAAAUUAUUUUGCCACUUUUAAAUUUAUCGUAAGGAUACUUAACGAGAGAGGACCAAGGGAGAUUCGAGCGAAUAACUGUGUGCGACAUACUAUUGCGAAAUUUCACACGUGAAAUUAAAUGCAUUAUCAUGAUAUAUGAUAUAAAAAUCAUGUGCGUCUAGCAUAUGUCUGUCUACACUUUCGAAACGCGAUUGUAAUUGUAAUUGGUAAUAUAGUUACAUGUAGUAUGACGUAUUUCUAUAAAUAUUUGCUGUAUCUCGUGUGUGCUUUCAACGUUUUUAUGAUGUCUGUUUCGAUGAAAUGAUAAAGCUAUUGUUAUAUACAUAUACACCUGAACUACACAGCCUUUUAUUAAACAAUAUCGCAAAAAAAAACUAAAAAUUAUAUUUGUAAAAAAUAUUUUGACGGAGAGUUCGGUGAGUAAUUUAGCAAAACUAUAUAGUCAUCAAGAGAAAAAAAUAUUUAAAUAUAUAAACUAAUAUCAUC